UUCCCUUUUUAACACUUUAUCCUAACAGCUUCUCCCCUUUCAUUGAACAGACCUUGCCUGAUCUCUCCCUGUUUCCAUUUUUUUUUUUCAUGUCAGUUAUUUGCAAGGUACAGUCUUACGAUGUCCGGUUUUUGUUGUGAGGGAGAACGAUGUGGUUCUCCAAUCUUUAUUUUAAUUGCCUAGCCUGGGGUGGGUAUCCUGUUUCUAUUUCCCCCGUAUCUGCUUUUACCCCUGCUGUGAUUCUUUUCUGUAUGCUAUUCUUAAGGAUGGGACGGCGAAACUAUGGCUGGGAGUGGAUGAUCCGAUGGCCAUGUAGCCUAGGACACCACGGCGUGUUAUCGGAAUGCAAGCUCAUUUCAAGUCUGAUCUCGGUAUGAUUCUAGUAAUGAUUUUGUGAACAGAGCAGAUAUCGGAC